AUGGAUAGCCAAGUUACGAGCUCAGCUAAGACACCCAACCCUGUUGUCUUUUUUGACAUCACUCUAGGUGGGGAGUCACUGGGACGUAUCAAGAUGGAACUCUUCACCAGUAUAACGCCACGAACAGCAGAAAAUUUUCGCCAGUUCUGCACAGGAGAAAGCAAAAGUCCCCAAGGACGGCCACAAGGAUAUAAGAAUAGCAAAUUUCAUAGAGUUAUCAAGGAUUUCAUGAUACAGGGUGGUGACUUCGUCAAUGGCGAUGGCACAGGUUCUCGUACCAUCUAUGGCACUCCACGAUUUCAAGAUGAAAAUUUCAUUUUGAAGCAUGAUCAACCAGGGCUACUAAGCAUGGCAAAUUCUGGACCCAACACAAACGGUUGCCAAUUCUUCAUUACAACGACUGCGACACCGUUCCUAAAUAAUAAACACGUGGUGUUUGGACAAGUAGUGGAAGGAAUGGACGUUGUGCGAAUGAUUGAAAACACUCGUACAACUAGGGAUAAACCUAAUCAAGACGUGACCAUCAUUCAGUGCGGGGAGAUGUGA